AAACCGAGAUCUCGAGCCGACCGGACGAACGGUAGAUUGUGAGAAGUAUUAUACUUUUGUAUAUACAUGGUAUAUCGCUUGAUAUCACAUACGAAAUAUUCAUAAACACAUCACAAUUCAUGGGAAUUGAGUUUUGACUUCGUAUUUGUCGAUAGAGUUUUUGGAAUUAUUUCGAUUUGCCACACGGGAUACAGCGAAAAUAAUUGACUCAAAGGACUUCGCUAUUAUAACUCCAUACAUAAUCAAAGGUGUGUUUGUCCUUCGACGUUUCAUCGGUUUGGCUUCAUCUUCAAGUAUUGGCUACUUCAGACCGUCAUUUUCGCCAAAAGUCACACUCGACAAGACAAAGGUGGUGUAUUUACAAGUCAUCCGUAUUUGCUGGAAUGAAUUACCUGAAGUUUGACAACUUGGAUAGCAAAUAGACAACGCCUGGACUUUGGAGCAGGCAGACACCGUAGAAAGUUUCCGAGCUUAUACCUGCAAUCAAAAGUGGUCAUUCGAAAAAAGGAUGUAAAACGUUGAUCAGUAUAGCCCACGUUUGGCGCCCGAACAACUUCCGAUCUGUCCACAGUUUGAAAGUCAAAGUUCAUUUCAGCAUGGAGAGGAUUUGAAAUUGCGAGGAAAGCGGAAGCCAGUAGUUUUGUCAUUGACGGAUUAAUAGUGAUUUAAUCAGGGUUAGAAACUUACCGUUUUGUCACGAUCAAAAUAUAGGCCUUCUUUUGUGCAAUAUUAGUUUUCCCGCGUAAACAGCAAAGGACCUUGUCAUCGUUGCUGCACAACUUUGACAGGAGAAUGAGGAGCGAUAUGAGGAUUUGGAUUUUGUGAAGACUUGUUAAAAGGAGCAUAAUUAUCUAAGCAAGGAGUUGCUUUAAAUUGUUAAUAGUUAACAACCCAUCACCGAUCAGCAGAUUUGCGUCUUCAUUCACGCAUUCAAACCCACCUGGAACAACCAUGCUCCCAUCAACAGUUGCAUUAGGUCUAGGACUUAUUUUGGACCUGGUCCUGGUUCUACCGACGGUCUUGGCCCAGUCGGCUUGUUCCUUCGCUCAAGAUGGCACGACCCCUACAGGAAGCGGGGCAUGUAACUGUUUCGAAUCCCAGGAGCCGAAGGGUUGGAUCGUAGACUGUUCUGGUCUAUCGCUGACGAGUGUACCGUCCGGCCUGCCAGCAGAAACCGCAUAUUUAUAUCUCCGUGGAAACUCAAUUACAGAGUUGCCAUCAUCUUCGUUUGAAGGAAUAUCUUCACUAGAAACUUUACAUAUACAGAAUAAUGGAUUGAGGAGUGAUUUAAUAGAAGAUGGCACAUUUUCUAAUCUCACGAAUCUCAAGUCACUAGAUUUAUCAGGCAACAGAAUAGUUCUCUCUGCAAACAUGAUACAGCAUCUUCUACCACUCACGAGGCUUCAAACACUAACUCUAACCAACAACAACAUUAACACGAUCGACAGUUCAGCAGUAGAAAUAUUCGAUCGACUUGAGACAUUAGACCUCACAUCAAAUGCGUUUGUCUGUGACUGUGAGUUGUCUUGGUUCAGGAAUUGGUUACUCAACACUGUUCAUAUUAACCAUCAGAUCAAUGGAGCGACAUGCUCAUCACCACCGCGGUAUCAGAGAGAGGAUAUAGACAGGGCCGAAUUCUGUCCAUCAAGCGUCUGUGUCUCGUGCAAUGGUGGGAGCAAUGUGGAGUGUAACAGCCAGUCCAAUUUCAUACAAACUUGUAGUUCAUCACAGGGAGCUUGUUUCAACGAGAUCCGUGUAUCCAACGGUGUGUACAACAUUCAGAAAAGUUGCAAGCAACUCCGAGCGUGUCUCAACCAAGUCAGUUCAAACGUCAGAGAGUGCAACGAGGGAACUACGAAUUCUGUUUGUAGGACGUGUUGCCUUGGUGAUCUUUGUAAUAGUCCAGCUUCAGGAGUAAUAGCUGGUUAUACUCUCCCCGGUUUCCCACGUGAUCCGAGUCUGGUAGUUGAGACUACGACUCCAGCUCCAGUGAAGAGUACUGCGGCAGAGACUACUGCAGUUUCCACCACACCCACCGAGAGUACAAGAACACCCCUUUCACCAAGGACAACGCUUGUACCUAAUUCGACAAGACCUACGACACCGAAAGGUGUGCCAACGACGCCCUCAACGUCCGUGGGAUCGACCUCGUCGGAUCCGACAUCCGAAUCAUCAAUAGCGACUACAAAUGCGGUAACAAGUUCUACAAGUAACCCACAUGCGGCAUCGACGGCCUCCGUGUCAGUGGAUCAAGAUUCAAGUUCUGCCUCCGUUACGACGCCAUCAACUGCAGGCUCAUACUCCACGAGCUUCACGACAUCCACUGGACGACCAACGUCCACCGCUGUAUUGGUGCCGCAUUGUCCUGAAGAGACGGUCUCAGGAGAGUUUGGUACGAUCACAUGGCAACGGACACCAGGGUCAGCGACGGCUGGGGUGAUCUGUCCAUACGGUGGGAACAACCCAAGGUUCUCCGCUGCUACCCGAUUUUGCCGUUUGACCCGUGCCGGUGCCAGAUGGGACGACCCAAAUAUCACGUCUUGCGCAACAUCCGGCCAGGUUUUACGUAGAUUGUCACAAAUGAACAUCACAGCAGACAAUGCUCAAUCCGUAUCCGAGGAUUUGAAAACUGUCACGAGUGCCUCUACAAAUUUAAGCGCAUCGGACGUCAACUUCGCAGUGGACGUGCUAGAAAACCUUGCCCGAUCUAUCAAUGAGUAUAACAAUACGGAAGUGAUAGAGAAUGCUUUCAUCGUAAUCAACAACUUAGCAGGAGCACCGAUGGGUUCACUCGUUGCCGGGCAACAAGAUUCGGACAGUGUAACCAGAAUUAUUCAUUUGGUCGACGAGUUCGCUCUGCACGUCGAGUUCAUUGGCGACACAUUCGAAGUAGUUACGGAAAGGCUAGACGUGGUCGUCAUCAAGAUCAACCCCGAGGUGAACAAUGGAUUGACUUUCAGAAGCGUGGUCGAUGAAAAUGGCAAUUCAAUGGCCCAGCUCUCGUACAACACCACCAGUCCAGAUUCUACCGCCGAAGAUCCGGCUUCACUAGAGCUCCCAGGCUCGCUCUUUGAAGCUCAUCGUGGGGAAACCGAUAGAGCCCAGUUUGUGCUCUAUAAAGACGUCGUUUUCUUUGAGGUGAUAACGGAAGCCUCAGAAAAUAUGACUGCCCCUACCACUCAAUCCACUUCUACUGAUGAUGACAUCAUAGCCAGGGAUGCUCUCAACAGUUUAGUGAUAUCGGCUAGUCUUGGCGAUCUCAAGAUCACGGGAUUAAGGGACCCUGUCAAAACUUCGUUCGUCCACCAGAGACCCGAGAGAGCUGAAAAUCCAUCUUGUGUUUUCUGGGAUUUCACAGCAGCUGGAGGAAAGGGAUCAUGGUCAACCGAAGGUUGCAUUGCUUCUCAAACAUCAGAGGAUAGAACGCAAUGUGAAUGCGAUCAUCUAACAAAUUUUGCUAUCUUAAUGGACAUCUAUGGAACUACAACUACCUACGACGGAGAUCACUUGCUGGCGCUCUCCAUUAUAACCUUCGCAGGUUGCACGCUAUCCAUCCUCGGUCUCAUAAUAACUUUCUUCUCUUACAUCAUGAUCAGGAUAUUUAAGAAAGCCGUUAACAGAAAGAGGCAACUUCGGAGCGAUCGCCGCACCCGCGUGCUCCUGAAUCUGGUCGCUGCUCUCACCUUCAUGAACAUCUUCUUCCUCACUGACGCCGUCAUCACCGAAUUCGGCAACCCUGGCGAAGUCGCCUGCAAGCUAUUGGGGGCCCUGCUCCACUACGGCCUCCUGACGUCGAUCGCGUGGAUGGCCCUGGAGGCGUGGCACAUGUACCUGGCGCUCGUCAAGGUCUUCGACAGCUACACUUCGCAUCUGAUGAAGAAGAUGUGCCUGGUCGGCUGGGGUCUGCCCGCCGUCAUCGUCGGCGUCGUUCUCGGAGUCGAUCUGGACCAUUAUGACUUCUACAAUGAGUUCUGCUGGCUGAGAGUUGGCGGAAUCCCAUUUUACGCCGCCUUCAUCGCUCCAUCCCUGGCCGUCAUCCUCUUCAAUUUCAUCAUCUUCUUUCUCGUCACCCACCAACUCUGCUCCCUCCGACGGCGAUCGGUUUCUGCCUCCUCCGAGCAAUUCGACGUGUCCGCGCAGCUGCGCGCGUCCCUAUCCAUCACCGUGCUUCUCGGGCUCACCUGGGGACUUGGCAUUUUCAUGAUAGGAGGGGCUAGCUUGGUGUUCAGCUAUCUUUUCGCCAUUUUCAACUCGUUUCAAGGGUUUUGUAUUUUCGUGUUCCACUGUCUGCUAAAGGAGGAGGUGCGACUCGGGUGGAGGAAGGUGUUCUGUCCCCAGUGUUUGACACUGGAAGAAAUGACGAAGUCGAGCUCCGGACAGAAUUUCAGCAGUAGCAACAAGCAGGCUCAACUUCAGAAACGGAUAACAUUGGAAUAUCAAGUAGAAUCGAACGGAAGACACCACCAAUCAAAUACCACUCCUUUUCACCCAGAACACGAAGUCCCAAGAUUUAAUCCUUUUGCAUCCAACUCUGAGUUCUACCAAGAUUCAAGAAUCUGAGACGAGAGUUACAUAAUAUUAAAAUACUAUGCCAUAUUGCCAUUAAAAUGAGUAGAGAAUAUUAAUGUUUGUCAGUACUUUUGCAAUAUAAGUGUCCGAUUAUGACAAAAGGACCUUACUCCAUCGACAAGGAUGACUUUUGUGACAACCCUUAGCCUUUCCAUAUGUACUUGUACUACCUAAUGGCUUACACUAAGCAUGCUAAGAGUAAUGAUUGUUAUUAGUAGUAACGCUACUACUCAUUGGCGGCGGAAGCCAAAAAUUUUAGGAGGGGACAAC